UCAAAGCUUGAAAGUGAAAAUAAUAAUUAAACUAAAUGUAUUACACAAAAUGGUAAAAUAUUGAGGCAAUUGUAGAUUUUUUCGCCCUCAAACAUGUCUACGAAGUUAUAAAGUGUUGUAAUUUCUACACCAAGUAUACGAAAUGCAGGUACCUACCCCAAUAUUGACAUUUUAUGCGAUACGAAAACAUAACCUAACAAAUAAUUGUCAUAUAAACAAAUUGUUAUAAUUUCGUUAAACACAAUUAAAACAACACAGAUACGAAACAUGGACCAGUACGAAGAUUUCGUUGACAAUUUAACGCCCGAAAUUGAAAUAAUCGAAGCGAAAGCGGCCGAAUUGCUAUCGAAAAAAUCGAGAAAAAUCUACGAAAAACAAUACGAGGAAUUCAACAAGUGGUGUAAUCAGAAAAACGAACAAAACGUCACCGAAGAAUUGUUGCUGUUGUACUUUGGUGAGAAAUCGGGACACGUUAAAGCUUCUACUCUAUGGUCACAAUAUUCCAUGCUGAAAGCCAUGUUGAUUAUUAAAGAUAAUAUCGAUAUAAGUGAGUUUAAGAACUUAUUAACCUAUCUUAAAAGAAUGAACGAUGGAUACAAACCGUUUAUAUCGAAAGCACUAACGGGGGAACAAGUUGAUCAAUUCUUAACUGAAGCGCCUGAUGAAGAAUAUUUGAUGAUUAAAGUUGCUCUAAUCUUGGGCAUAGCAGGCGCUUGCAGAGGGCACGAACUAGUGAACCUAUUAGUAGACGACGUGACCGAUUUAGGUUCAUCGAUUCUAUUUAACAUAAAGAAGAGCCAAACCGAGAUCGAUAGACGCUUCAUCGUUACGAAUUCGGCCGAAAAUUCUGUCGAUUUCGUAAAAUUGUGCAAAAAAUACAUGGCGUUGCGGAAAUUCAAAACGCCUCAUUCGCGAUUUUUCGUGCAGUAUAGAAAUAAGAAUUGUUCGACGCAACCUGUGGGUAGAAACUCUUUCGGUAAGCUGCCUCAAAGGAUAGCCGAAUUUUUGAAGCUGCCCGAAGCCUCUUUGUAUACCGGUCACUGUUUUAGACGGACCUCCGCGUCUUUGAAGUCCGGCGAAAAUGGAAACGUUUUAAAACGGCUCGAUAGAUGGCAGGCUAGGAAUUUGACAGAUGGGUUAGCAAAAUUACGUGCAACUGGUGCGGAACCCUCCACGAGUGCUGCUUCGCAUGACGAAUUGCAAACUGAAAGUGAUUUGGCAAUAGAACAUGUAGACGUAGGAUCCGUAUCGACAUCAUGUGAAGAACAAUCCGACUCUAAUUUGGAAUUCCUUCCAGAAUCAGAAGAACCGCCUUUACCGACGACAUACCCGAAACCCUCCUCCUCCUCCACAUUACCGCCUAAAGAUAUGAAAACAUAUUGCAGACUGUGUCUUAAACCUGUCACUAAGGUGCAGAUGAUUUGCUUGGGCGAUUUCCACGACAUAAACUAUCCAUCCAGAACGGUCCAAUUCAAACGGAACAAAAUUCUGCAAACCGAAAUGUACCUAAGAAUGAUAAGGAUCGUAAUGCCGAAUUUCGACCACAAUUUAGUCUUCAAUCCCGUGAUGUGCAACGACUGCAGUACUCGCCUUCAGAUGGCUUCCGAUUUCGUCGAGCAAUGUAUGACCACCCAGAAGGUCAUCCAGGAGUUCAAGGAAACGCAUUGCCCUUCGGAAGAAAUGGUGUCUUGCGAAGACGUUGUCUACAACAAAUCACUGCUGCAACCGGACUUCGAAGAAGGUCCUACACAACCAAAACAGCGGAAGAUAGUACCCAAACCGUCAACCUCGAAAUCUGUAGCCAAAUCGAAAGCCGCCGUUAAACCGUCGCCAUCUGUUGAACAACCGAAUGAAACUCAGACAUUUCCGCCCGACGAGGAAUUUCAACAUAGUUCAGAAAAUAUAAAAAUUGAAAAUAUGGACGGUGAGGAAAUGGAAUUCGAAGAUAAAUAUGAAGUAACUCCAGAGGAAAUUUGUUUUAUUAAACAGGAGCCUGUUGAAGAAGCGCCUCGAAUUAAGACUGAUGAUGCGAUUCAUACAAAUGUACCAAUUAAGACAGAACGUGAAUAUUCUUUACUGACUAAUUCUGUUGUAAAAAGUGAACCCUGUUCGACUUCUACCUCAGACUAUACCAUAAUGACUGAUCCAAAUAAUGUUAAACAAUUUUCUGCAGCUGACGUGUCUUGUAAUCUGAAUUCGAAUAACUCAAGUUCUUUAGUGCAUGCAGUUGAUUUACCUUCAUCUUCUAAUAUACCAAUUUCGAAUUAUUGUCCUGGUAUUCAGAAUAUUGCACCAGAGGCUUGUAUUAAUGCUGUUAAUCCGACUGCUUUUUCUAGUGUUAAUUCACAAUUUGAAAAUAGUCAAAAUAGGUAGAAUGUUAGUUUGUGAUUUUUAAAGAUUUACUACUGUUUUUUUACUAUGUAAAAAUUGUGAUUUAUUAUGUUAUGUGUAACAUACUUUCCGACGUUUUAUUUGCAUAAACUAUUUUUCUUAA